UUCCGCUGACGUCGACUCUUUGAAUCGCCGCGACUCCGGCUGGCUGAUAUGGCUGCUCAGAAGAUCAACGAAGCCUUGGAGCACAUCGCUAAAGCAGAGAAAUACUUGAAAACUGGAUUAUUAAAAUGGAGACCAGACUAUGACAGUGCAGCUACAGAAUAUUCCAAGGCAGCUGUUGCUUUUAAAAAUGCCAAACAAUUUGAACAAGCAAAAGAAGCAUAUUUUAAAGAAGCUCUAUCCCAUGAAAAUAAUAAAGCCUUGUUCCAUGCUGCAAAGGCUUAUGAACAAGCAGGGAUGAUGUUAAAGGAGAUGCAAAAACAUCAUGAUGCAGUGGAACUGAUUCAGAAAGCCAGCAUGAUGUACCUGGAGAAUGGAACCCCUGACACAGCUGCCAUUGCACUUGAUCGGGCUGGGAAGGUCAUAGAAAACAUAAAUCCAGACAAAGCUAUACAGCUAUAUCAGCAAACAGCUUCAGUAUUUGAAAAUGAAGAGCGUUUAAGGCAAGCGGUUGAAAUGUAUGGAAAGGCUUCAAGGCUUUUAGUCAGAGGUCGUAGACUAGAUGAGGCUGCACUAUCUCUUCAAAAAGAAAAGAGUAUUUAUAAAGAUAUUGAAAACUAUCCAACGUGUUACAAAAAAACUAUUGCCCAGGUCUUAGUACAUCUACAUAGAAAUGACUAUGUUGCUGCAGAAAAAUGUGUCAGGGAGAGUUAUAGCAUACCAGGCUUCACAGAAAGCGAAGACUAUGCAGCCCUGGAGCAGCUCCUAGAAGGGUACGAUCAACAGGAUCAGGACCAAGUAUCAGAUGUUUGCAAUUUUCCACUCUUUAAGUAUAUGGACAAUGAUUAUGCAAAACUUGGCCUUUCGCUUGGUGUCCCAGGAGGAGGUAUAAAGAAGAAAUCUCCAGUUACUCAACAAAGUGGACCAGCUAUAUCAGAUUCUCGUGGAAAUGAGGAAGAUGAUGAAUAUGCAGGUGGACUGUGCUAAUUCUAACUCUGUUCUCAAAUACUAUGUUAGCUGUUUGCCCAAUGAACAAAUUCCAGGGGCAAUUAAAAUGGCAUCAUUGCAAUCAUGAAAUUGGAAAGAAAGUAAUAUUGGCUUUGGGAUAUUUGUAUACAAAGCAUGACUAUGCACCUUGAAGUAUUUCUGGAUUACAGUUAACCAUAAUUCUUUACAACGUGUUGGUUUUAAUGCAGUACUUGAGUACAGUAAGCCCUUCAAAAAGGGAGAGAGAUUGGAAGGAAAUAUUUAUAUUGGAUUUUUCUCUCUAAAGUAAGUUGGGAAUCUGUUUCAUGGCUGAGUGUCAACAGUUUUGCUAGUCGUACUAUUUCUGUUUUUGAAUAGUACCAUUAAAUUAUUUCAAAACACCUAAAAUUGUGAUAGAUUUCCUUUUGCUUCUUCGAAUAUAUUUAAUGACAUGUUUGCCUAUAUAAUUUGAACAGGAAUUCAUAAGAGUUUCUUUGUCAGGAAAGCACAGGUUAUUAGAGGCAGGAAUUGUGAUAACCAUUGGGUUCUUUCUAAGUACAAUUGUCAUGGGUUAGAAAACUCAAUGCUCCUAGUUGUUGAAUCAGUAAUGCACAAUGCACAAAUAAUGUACUUUAUGUACUCUGUAGACAAAUCAAAAAAGAAAUUUAGCUAAAAAAGAUUAUACAGUGUUCUAUUUGAAAUCGCAGUGAACUAGAAUGACACAUGACACAUUUAACAUUUAUAUGCUUUAUUUCUUGAAUAUUCUUUGGUAUUGGAGAGCUCGCAUUUUCAGCCUUUAUAUUUCAGAUUUUGCUGAAAUAAUUUAAAAUAAUUUGAAUUUUCAUAGACAUUUGUACAUUAGUUCCUGCUACCUUCCACUAAACUCAACAGUUCUUCUAUUUAAGGGAAUUUAGGCAAAUACCAACUAGAUUGUGGAUAGCUGUAAUAACUGUUCACAAUAAUAUAUUACCCGACAAAGGAGAAAUAACAGUCAAAUGCGCCUCUGUGUUUAUUCAGAAAAGCUGUAGGCUUUUGAUUUCCUGAAUCCAGGAAUCAGAGAGUUUUCAAAAAAAUUGAGCAUAAGAAUGUUGAAUCUAGAGCUAAAUUAAAAACUGUUAUAUUGAAAUUUCAACAUAGAACAUGGAAUGGCUGUCAAUGGAAAUAAAAUUUUAAUUCUAGAUUUAAUUAUGUUUUCCAAGAUAGGAAUUUGUGACAGUGGAUUUAUUUAAUACUUUCACUGUCUAGCUUUGAAUAUUUAACGUACUUUUCUAUAUUAUAGCAGAAUAAAAAGUAAUGGAUUUUCUGUUUCCCUUGUAUAAUGCAAAUUAUCUUUGCUUUCCAAAUAAUUAGUACCUUGUUUUCCAAAAUAUACACACUUCUUUUGAAUUGGAUCAAAAAUGUAGCAGGGAGGACAGUUUUGGAAGUAAUUGCCAGCUUUUAGUGAACAACAUUGCAACAAUUGGUUUGCAUGAGUAUGCUAAAAUGUAAUCCAAUGUUACAUAAAAGAAACUAUUCAGAGUGACUUGUUUGUAUAUCCAGAUGCUGUAUAAAAUGAUUUUUUGCCAUGUGAAUCUUGUACUUAAUCGUGCCCAUCUUAUCUGUAAAUGCAAUAGAGUAUGAAAAAUGUCAUAAUUGCCCUGCUGCUCUAGCCUAAGAAACUCUGUAGUUCACCCGUACAAAAUAAAAGUGGUAAACUCUA